CUUAAUUUAAAAAAAAUGCUUGUACGUAACAACUAAUCUUACUAUUCGAAUAUAAAGUGAAUCCACCACGACACUUGUUACUGGGAGGCUAGCCGUGUCACACAUAGUGUCUUCAAGGAACUAGACAAGAUGCUGAACACCCAUAUAUAUUGGACUUCACGCGACCUUGAAACUGUACAGACGUUGGAGACAAGGCGGGUCAGCUCUAAGAAGAAUGAUAAACCAGAGACUCAAACGGCAAUUCAUAAGCUUAGAGAAACACAUGAAAUGCUUACAAAGAAGUCGGCCUUUCUGGAAGGAAAGGUUGAUGAGCAGAUAGCUUUGGCCAAAAAAUACGGUCUGAAAAACAAAAGAAUGGCACUUCAGGCUUUGGCUCGCAAGCGUAACUACGAGAAGCAAUUAGCUCAGAUUGAUGGAACUCUCAAUACAAUUGAUAGUCAUAUCGAAGCUCUCGAAAAUGCUGGAACAAAUGUCGAGGUUCUUAAUGCCAUGCGAUAUGGGUCAAAUGCCUUAAAAAAUGUCCACAAAAACAUGACUGCUGACGAUGUGCAGAAUAUUAUGGAUGAUAUACAAGAACAACGAGAUACGUGCCAGGAAAUCUCUAAUGUAAUAUCCACCCCUAUGGGUCUAAAUGCAGACUACGAUGAAGAUGACCUUCUUCGUGAACUUGAAGAGCUUGAGGCUGAUGGUGUUGAACAAAAAUUGCUGGAUAUUAAUCGGAUACCUCAAUUGCCUAAUGUCCCAGAUUCUGAUUUGUCAAUACCUGUAGCAUCCAAAAGUGCACCAAGUAAGAAAGCAAUUGAAGAUGACGAUAUUGGAGCACUUGCUGAAUGGGCUAAUUAA